AUGCUCAAUAUUGCCGAGCCUCCAGAACUUAGUCACGCACACGGUCUCGCCGAGCGAUUGAUUUUUUCGGAUUGCCGUGACGAGCUAAAUGGUCGAAGUAGGGUUGCGCGUGUAAUCGGAGCACAAUUUAGCUUUGAGUAUCACCACAAUGCUGAUAACAGUAUCUUCGACAUGCGCGGAGUCACGUUUUGCUCAUCUAUAAACCACUUUUGUAUCGCUUGUGCUCCAUAA